AUGGAUAAGAUUCUGAGCUCCAACAACGAAGACUUUGAGGAUUACUACGGACUACUGGGAUGUGACGAACUUUCCUCGACAGACCAGAUUCUGAAUGAAUACAAAAUCAAAGCCCUGGCGUGUCAUCCAGACAAACACUUGGAUAAUCCCAGUGCAGUGACAGAAUUCCAGAAACUGCAAGAAGCUAAAGAGGUCUUAUGCGAUGAAAACAAAAGAAAAAACUAUGACCUUUGGAAAAGAAGUGGUGUUGCUGUGACCUUUCACGACUGGCAAGCGUUGAAAGACUCUGUGAAAACGUCAAUGCAUUGGGCAACGAAACCGAAGAAGGAACCAAUGAUAGAGCCUCCUAAACCAGAGAUGUCCGCCUCGUCUCGGAAAAAAGAGCAUCGUGACCACGAAGAAGAUCAGGCUGAGGAACGGACUGAAGAAAGUCCUCUGAGUGAUCCUUUGAGGGAUUUCCAUCAUUUGCGUUUUCGAUGGGACGGUGACUCUCCUUCAAGCUUACUACAGAGGUUUCGAAACUAUGAAAUUUAA